AUGGACACCAGGGAUUGGUUUGUGAAGAGGAUAUCACCACAAUACCGGGCACUAUCAGUGAUAACAGCUGGAGUUUGUUUGCAGUUCAGUUAUGGAUUGGUGUACACAUUCGGUAAGGUUUUGAAAAUGUUUUUGAUUGGUUUUUAGGUAUUAAAAAUGUCAUGGAAGAUUGAGAAGAUACAUAAUUAUUUACUAAAACAGCUCGAAGUAAAACAAUUGAAAGUUCAUUAAAUUUUUGAUUUUGAGCUUAAAGAUUAUAUGUUUAUGAAGUUAUAAGGUCGACUAACUUUGAUGAGCUGAGAAAUAUAGCAAACUUUAUUGAAAAUUAAUUUUUAGUUGCUUUUUAAUAUUGUUAAAAACUUUCUUGCUUAAUAUUUUAGAUUUCUGAGGUCUCUGUGAAUUGUUAAGACAAUUUGAAUGAUUUCAGGUAACAUUUUGCCGUAUCUCGUCUCUUAUCUCAGAUGGAAAGUAAAUCCAAAUCAAACAAAUGGUUCUCUUAUGUGGCUACAGAGUUUUAUGUGUAAGUAACAUAAAUUUCUUUAAUUUUGUUACCCAAAGUUACAGCAUUACCUAAAAUUCACUUUUUCUUGUUUUUGUUAUCUAAAUUUUAAUAAACUAUUAUUAAUAUCAUUGCAGCGGGCCUACCGUUUGCCAUGCUAUUAGGAGGAAUAUUGGAAAGGGAAGUUGGAGCUAGAAUGGGAGCUGCCAUAGGUUCAGUUAUGUAUGUUGGAGGUCUAUUGGUAUCUUUCUUCUCUAUCCAAGUAUCAUUCUACUGGUUAUUAUUGACAACCGGCCUGAUUGCUUCUUUUGGACAAGGAAUGGCAUACGUCAAUGUUUUAACACAAUGUCAAAGGGUAUGGUUAUUGUUCUUUGCUUGAUUUUUAGGUGAUUUUAUUGAUGAACAGCUUCGAAUUGAAAUUAAGGAUGUUUUACAUGAUUUUUUGGGUUUUGUUUUUGGUUUUUAAGCUUCAGAUCUCAAUAUUUGACUUAAGUACUACUUAAAUCUUGUUUUAGUGGAUGCCAAAGAACGUUGGCUUUGUCAGCGGCCUAAUCACGGCCGGUUUCGGCAGUGGAGCCUUCUUGUUAUCACCAAUUCAGACCAAAUUCAUCAACCCACACAACCUUAAAGUAGAUGACGAUGGUUACUUUACUCAACCAGAAAUCCUAGAAAGAGUACCAUAUUUAUUCUUGCUUAUGGGAGGAAUGUUCGCUGUAAUUCAAACGAUUGGACUACUUUUUAUUGCUGAUCCAGUCCAAGAAACGUCUGAUGGAGGACAAGAAUCACAAUCAUUGAUAUCAGCUGAUGGAGACAGUGAUAUUGAUGAUGAAGUGGAGUCAGAUGUGAGAGUGAUAACGAAAGAAGAGAUUGUCAAAAGUUGGACGUUUAUUAUAUUGUUCUUCACAUUACUGUGCAAUGCUAUUUGGGUACAGACUACUAGUGGGUUGUUUAAGGUAAGGAGAAAGUUGGUUUUGGAAGAUCAAGGGCCAAUUAUUGUAGCUUUAACUUCUUUAUUGUUUUUUAAUAUAUAUUUUAUACUAGUCAAUGACAGGAGUUAGCUAUGUUGUAUAAAUUUAUUGAUUUUAGGCAUACGCACAAAGUUUUAUAAAGGAUGACUUCUUUUUGGCCACUGUAAAUUCAUUUGCGGCUAUAGCCAACUGUUUGAGCCGGAUAUUCUGGGGCUACGUGGCUGAUAAGGUAAGUUUUAUUUUAUUAUAACAUUUUAAAAGGCAGUUUUUUUUAAUUUUUGAAAAAUGUUGGUAAGUUGACUGCACGGUGCAAAAAUGCGGAAAACUGCACUGUGCAGUCUUUUUAAACGACGUUUAAUGAGAAAAUGACAGUUUUUAUUCGUUCGUGCUAAUAAAAUAUAAAUUCUUUAUUUUUUUAAGGCUUUUAACAUAUUUGUAAUUUUUUUUAUAUAUAGCAUGGUUAAGGGUUGGCAUUUUAUACGCUUUGCACGGCGCAAAAUUUUUAAAAACUGCACGGUGCAGCUUUUUUUAAAUUUUUGGCUGCAAAGGAGAAAUCAAAAUGUGUUGUUUUAAGUAUAAUAGUAAUGUUACCAUUUUGACAGUUUAAAAAAAAUUUAUUUGAUUGUGAAUUUCAGUCUUCAUACCAACUAGCCAUGAGCAUCGCCUGUACCAUGGGCGCUGUCCUAAUGUGGGGACUGCCAUUUGUUAAAUGGGUAGCUAGUCCAUCACUGUUUUUUGUUUGGAUUUGUGCCAUGUUUGUGGGUAUUGGAGCCACAUAUUGCCUAAUACCUUAUGCUAUUCAUAAAUGUUUUGGCAGUGCGAAUUUUGCUAUCACUUACGGGUUUUGUCAGCUUUGUUUGGUAAGUUUUGGCAGGUUUAGGUAUAUAUUAACUUGAAAAGGGGAUUACAAUGAAGUUUGCUCAUUAUCGAGGGUCAUACUGAGGUUUUACUAUAUAGGGUUUAAUUAUAGGCUGGUCUUGUUCCUAGCAUCUAGGAGCUAAAAAUAAAAAAAAAACUUAUUUUAUCAUCUAUGAGCCGAAAAAAGGCACGGUACCGUCGGUACGAUAAGACAUGGUCAAAAAAUUUUUAAAAAUUUAAAAUUUGGAAAAAUGAAAGCAUAAAAUUGUGUUGUUAUAGGCGUUUUCCGGUAUCCUAACCGCGCUAAACUCUCAAUUCGUCUUGGCCAUGAUCGGCUUCGACGAGCUUUUUAUAAUCACGGGUUUCACUAUGGCCAUUUCACUCGUCCUCACUCUUCUCAUCAGCAAAACCAAAUACGGUGCAAACGCGUAG